AUGCACGUAACUACGUACAUAUUUGUCGUAUUUAGAGUUCAGCCGGAUGGCACCCACCUGAGAGAUUAUGGGAGGCUGAGGAAGGAUGGGGAGAUGAAGAUGAGGAGGCAUACGGAGAAGAGGGAUAGGAAUCUGUGGGUGAUGGGGGAGACGUACAACUACAAGGACGCCCUCGUACUCUCGCAGUUCUACCUUGAUGAAAAUAAUUCUGCUCUUCCCAAGGAUAAGGAGAAGAUGUCAUUUGCGUUGGUUGACAAGAAGACGAAGGAGCCGUGCAUCUUCACGUCGAAGACUCAAGAGAUUGGGAACACGUGGCCCAUCCGUUCAGGACUUUUCAGUGACUCAACACCAGACCUCAUUUCCUUAACAAACAACAACAACUUCAACAACAACAAUGAAUCAUGGGGCCACUUUGAUGAACCUGUACGCCCCUUCCCGGGAACCAACAGCACCACAAAUUCAGCCAAUAACAAUAAUAAUAGCGAUAACGCCAAGUCAACUGAUAAAGAGCCGUGCCCCGCUUUAAAUGAUUAUGAUUGGUGG